AUGUCGACAGUAACCUGGAACAAACCGAACUUUUCCACAGGAAUCAGCGAUAGCUGGAUAAGCGAAGCUCAUGCCUUUGCCAGUAAUCUUCAGAGGUGGCCUGAUCCAGGUUCCGAUAGUGAGGAUGCUGCUGUUUCUUUGGGCCCUUCGCCUUCACAGAUCACGAAUAGAUGGCGUCUGUGGCGAAUGUUUGGCCCGAAGGGUCAAGAAAAGCCCUACUCAAAUCGGCUAGAACAUUCAAAUACCCCGCCUGUUAGACCAAUGGGAUCUACUCCUCCCCCACGUGUACUGUCGUUCGAUCGAGCGAGUGAAGACGGUGCAGCAAUAGAACAACUCCUUGAUGAAGUAGUGACAGCAGUACCUCAGAGAUUCCAGUACCUCCAAGCCCCCUCGAAGCGGUAG